AUGCCCACCGCGGCCCACCGGUCCAGCGAUGGGCCACCAUUGCAAGACGUUACGCACUCGUCUCAUCCCCUACACCCAUCAACUCAAGCAACAGCAGUAUCAGCAGCAUCAUCAUCCUCAGCGCCGUCCCCAUCCCCUUCCAUAGCCCGUCAGAACCCAAAGGCGCGCCCACGGCCCUUGGACAACCAGCAGCAUCCAUAUCGCAUCGAGCUUCUCGACCUCACACCAGUCUCGAUAUCUCUGCUGUGGUCCACUCGCCCUCCGCCUCUCAGCGCCAUUCCGCUCGAGGUCAUCAACUCGCAGCUUCGCAAACGCGUAAAGGGUCGAUCUUCGGCAGGCGGUGGUAGCGACAAUCCAUCACCGAACCGCACCUCCGCAAGGGCCACUGCAGUGUCUCCUUCGCCCACGUCUGCUACCGCCGCUGCUGUGUCCAAGUCCAGAACCCCAGCAGCAGGCCAACCAUCGGAACGAGCCGUCAGCAACAGCUCUAAUCAGCCGCUCGAGACUCCCAUCUCCAAGCUCACCGAAGGACUCGUCGCUACCAGAAGCUUGAACCGCAAGGUCACAAAGAUUCGCCUUCGUCCGCCUCCCACCGUCCCAGCUCAGCCCAGAAGAAGCUCAUAUAGCUCUGCUCCAUCCGAUUCGGCUCAUGGCUCGGCCAACGAUGACGAUGCGUGGCCUUCCGAUGACGGUGCUACCGCCGUGGAAGACGACGUCGGUUCAGGGUCUGACGCUUCCGACUCAGGCUACGAGGGAAGCCCUGACGCCCGCCAUCACGUCACCAGCGUCUUCAAGGACCGCGUCUCGGUCACAGUCAACGGUCUGGACUGGUCGCAUGUCUUGCUAGGCGAACGAGGCUCGCACGAAGCCAUCGUCGUCAUCUUUGGUCUCGAGCCCGAAUCGGACUACGACAUUCAGUUUCUCGUCAAGGCAGGAUUGGAUGGUACUCACGACGCUUUCCGCGCCACAUUGCGCACCAGGACCGAGCGCGACUCUUCUCGUUCCACCGAUUCCGCGCCAGCUGUCCGUUCUUCUUCGCCUUCGCCUCUCAGCCGUCUGCCCGUGUCGGCACCUGAGCUUGAAGCAGUCGAGCCUGCUCCUCAGCGCCUGGCUGUUCUUCAGGCUGAGCUCGAAGCCAGCGAAGCCCUCAAGGCUUCGCUCAUCGCAGACGUCAAACGCGCCAGGAAGGAAUCGUCCAAACACGAAGCUGGCCUCCGACACGAGAUCGACGCCGUCAAGCGCGGAAUGGAUCGAAUGAGUGCGACCGACCAACGCAGUCGGCAGAAGGUCCUGGCCUUGCAGGAGCUCAUCAAGCAGACCACCAUUCAGACCAAAGAGAUCCACGAACAGGCUGAUGUCGCCGAGAAGGAACAGCCAGAGUGGGAACAGCAGGAUGCCAAGCUGGAGUCGGAAGUAGAGACAUUACGCAAGGAAGUGGAAGCGGAAGAGGCCGCAGCUCAAGCAGAUUGGGACAAGGACGACACAGCACUUGCUGCUCUCGAAAAGGAGCUCAGAUCCCUCGAGGUCGCUGCCAAGACGCUCGAAACCGAACGCGAUGAGCUGCGCGACGAUAAGCUCGCCUCCAUCCAUUCCGAGAUCGAAAAGGUCAGGGAGCAGGCGCUCGAGGCUUACAACAGACCAGCAGGUGGCAAUGCUCGUCGUGGAGGUGCGAUUGGAGCAGCGGGCUCGCAACGAGGCGGCUACCGUCACGCCAGUGGGCCGCACGCAGCAGCUAAUGCUUCAGGUCAGAAGGGCAAACCGGCAGGCAGAGGAGGCAAGUUUGGCAGUUUCGGUAGCCGUGCCGUCUCUGGUCCUGCCGGUCAAUUUAGUGGACCCGGCAGCGCCAGCACAGGCUUCGCUGGGGCAUCCCGAGGCUUUAUGCAGAGCUUCGGCAAAGGAUUCCGUCGAGGGCAGAAUCAGAACGCCUCGCAGACCCAGAACUUCGACGUCAUGGAUGCAAACGGGUAUGCUGGCCCCGGCUCUUCUCCUCAGCACGGUGCAAUGCUGCCGCCAGGACAAGGCUACGAUCCCGCAGGCCUGUCAGAUCAAGCAGCGAUGGGCAUGGGCGGAUUCGGUGGCGCGGGACCUUACGCAACGUACGACUCGUUCUACGGCCAGGCACCGCAGCCGACCUCGCAGUUCCCUUCCGGUGUGUCCGAGGCGAGUCAAGAUGAUCUUUACGAUCCCACGCUAGGCUUUGAUCCUUACGAUCCGUCCAUCGACGCUCGUCGCAGGUCCAGUCUGCCUAUCCCGCAGAUCCCAUACAACGCCCCACAAUCGAGGCUGCCAACGUCUUCGACAUCGACGGUGCUCAACCCUGCCAAACCAGAGUUUGUGCCGUCGACCGGCUCGAACCACGCUUCGCCUGUCAUCAGCAAGAAUCCAUCAGCAUCUGGCACCACAACGGCAACUCUGGCGGUACCACCGGUUCAGACUAACGUCGCGACCGAAUCACCGCGACCAGGCGUAGCCUCGCCCGAGCACUCGCCCACCUCUUCGUCUAGGUUCGCCUUCCCGCUCGCUCGUCACUUGCCAACGUCAAGCAUCAGUAGCAGCAACCACGGUAGCGGCAACGCCUCGUUGGCCACGACAUCGAGCGCGUCGGCGCUUGGAUCGACUGCCAACGCCGCCACUCUCAGCCCGAACAAUGUGCUGAACCUGCCGCUGGGUCCUGAACUCAACAUGCCGCCUUCUUCCAGCUUGUCUUCGAACUUGUUCUCCAUGGGCACAUCUGGUACGGCAAGCCCCUUCCCACGGCACUCGCCUUUGCUCCCGCAGGGCAUCGAUGGGUCAUCAACAGGCAACUCGUCGAUGGGCUUCGCAGGUGCAAGCCCGAGGUUCAGCGCGCUGAGCUCCCACGGUCACGGACAUGGCCUUGGCUCGACCGGCAGCAUCGGAGCAAGCGACGAUCUGGCAUCUGGAUCUUCCGCUUUCGGCGCCUCUUCCAAGUUUGGACCUCUCGACUACACCUCGGGCAUGGACAACUUUGGCCCAGCACCAGGUCUGGCUGGUAGCUUGAGCUCGGCGCCUGGCACCAACGCAUCGAUGGCACCGGCAGGCGGGCUGCCACCCUUCAGCUCGAGCACCAUGUCGUCUAUCUUCGGUCCCAGCGACACCUGGUCCGCUUCCAUCGGCAAUGCCGGUAUGCCACCUUCAUCGAGCUGGAUCACUUCGUCGCCUCCCCUCGGCAGCGGCGCUCUUGUGGCCAGCAACAGCGCCGGAUCGGGGGCCGGAAGCAGCAACGACAUCUGGUCAGCACCGACUCUUCCCGGCGUGUCGCAGCUGAGGCACAAGACUUCACUCAGCGAUGUCACCGGCUCAUCUUCAUCGUCCUCGCCGGUGGGAAAUACUCCCAGCAGCGCCGUCAAUGGUGCAGCAUUCGGUGCGUUCGGCGGCGGCGCAAGGAUGGGGUUGGGCGCCAUUGGCCACGCAUCAAACAGCGUGCCGAACAGGUCGAGCCCGCUGGCUAGCCCUGUGGCUGCUCCGGGCACGGCAAGCGUCCCUGUGCGGGAGGAGCUUGCUAGGGAUGCCCCACGAUCUGACGAUGCCCAGCAGUGA